GCCCCGGCGUACGGCGGCGGCCAGGGGUCGCGAGCCGGUGGAGGACCCGCGCGCGGAGGAGCCCGGAGAGUCAACUCUUCUUCCCUCCCUUCCCCACUCCCCUCCCCGCUCCCUCCCCCCCCUCCCCAAGAAUGCUCCGCUACGAGUCUUUGGAGGAUUGUCCUCUGGAUGAAGAUGAGGAUGCAUUUCAGGGCCUGGGAGAGGAAGAUGAAGAAAUUGAUCAAUUCAAUGAUGACACAUUUGGGUCAGGUGCAGUUGAUGAUGAUUGGCAGGAAGCACACGAGCGACUGGCUGAAUUGGAAGAAAAGCUACCGGUAACAGUCCAUGAACAAACAGGCAAUGGAGAAAGGGAUGAGAUGGACUUGUUGGGUGACCAUGAGGAGAACCUGGCAGAAAGGCUCAGUAAGAUGGUGAUUGAAAAUGAGCUAGAAGAUCCAGCCAUCAUGAGGGCAGUGCAGACCAGGCCAGUUUUGCAACCCCAACCAGGAAGUCUCAAUUCCAGCAUCUGGGAUGGAUCUGAAGUUCUGAGGCGAAUCCGAGGACCACUGCUUACCCAGGAAAUGCCUACAGUGUCUGUAUUAGAAUAUGCCUUGCCUCAGAGGCCCCCACAGGGCCCAGAAGAUGAUCGGGACCUUUCUGAGCGUGCGUUACCAAGGCGAUCCACUUCACCUGUCAUUGGGAGUCCUCCUGUUAGAGCUGUCCCCAUAGGCACCCCACCUAAGCAGAUGGCUGUAACCGGCUUCAACCAGCAGAUUCUGUGUCCGAAGCCUGUCCAUGUUCGACCCCCAAUGCCACCGCGGUAUCCUGCUCCCUAUGGUGAGAGGAUGUCUCCAAACCAGCUCUGCAAUGUCCCGAACUCUUCCCUACUGGGUCACCCUUUCCCUCCUAGUGUUCCUCCUGUUCUCAGCCCCCUACAGAGAGCGCAGCUACUUGGAGGAGCACAGCUACAGCCUGGACGGAUGUCUCCCAGCCAAUUUGCACGGGUCCCUGGAUUUGUUGGUAGUCCGCUUGCUGCCAUGAAUCCCAAGCUGCUGCAAGGGCGAGUUGGGCAGAUGCUUCCCCCAGCACCAGGCUUCCGUGCCUUCUUUAGUGCUCCACCCCCUGCUACACCACCUCCUCCACAGCAGCACCCCCCUGGCCCAGGACCUCACCUGCAAAACUUAAGACCUCAGGCCCCAAUGUUUAGACCAGACACCACUCACCUUCAUCCACAGCACCGUCGACUUUUGCAUCAGAGACAGCAACAGAAUAGAAAUCAGCAUCGCAAUCUCAAUGGUGCAGGAGACAGAGGAAGUCACCGGAGCAGUCACCAGGAUCAUCUCCGGAAGGAUCCAUAUGCCAAUCUCAUGUUGCAGCGAGAAAAGGAUUGGGUCUCUAAAAUCCAGAUGAUGCAACUGCAGAGCACUGAUCCCUACCUGGAUGAUUUUUAUUACCAGAAUUACUUUGAAAAACUGGAGAAAUUGUCAGCUGCUGAAGAAUUGCAAGGCGAUGGCCCUAAAAAGGAGCGCACCAAGCUCAUUACCCCUCAGGUGGCCAAACUGGAGCACGCUUAUAAGCCAGUGCAGUUUGAGGGCUCUUUGGGAAAGCUUACUGUCUCUAGUGUGAAUAAUCCCCGGAAAAUGAUUGAUGCUGUUGUCACAUCUCGGAGUGAGGAUGAUGAAACAAAAGAAAAACAGGUUCGGGACAAGAGACGAAAGACCCUUGUCAUAAUUGAGAAGACCUACAGUUUACUCCUUGAUGUGGAGGACUAUGAACGGCGUUACCUCCUAAGUCUGGAAGAAGAGCGACCUGCCCUGACGGAAGAAAGAAAGCACAAAAUUUGUAGCAUGUAUGACAACUUAAGGGGAAAAUUACCUGGACAAGAGAGGCCAAGUGAUGACCACUUUGUACAGAUCAUGUGUAUCCGAAAAGGGAAGAGAAUGGUUGCCCGCAUUCUUCCUUUCCUCCCCACAGAGCAAGCAGCUGACAUUCUUAUGACGACAGCCAGGAACCUCCCUUUCCUUAUCAAGAAGGAUGCACAAGACGAGGUGCUGCCGUGCUUAUUGAGUCCCUUCUCUCUCCUCCUCUAUCAUCUUCCGUCAGUGACUGUCACCAGCCUUCUGCAACAGCUAAUGAACCUACCUCAGAGUGCAGCUGCACCAGCACCCUCUAAUCCUCACCUCACAGCUGUUCUCCAGAACAAGUUUGGCCUGUCGCUGCUCCUUGUCGUCCUGAGCCGUGGGGAAGACCUGCAGAGUUCAGACCCUGCUACAGAAUCGACAGAAAACAACCAGUGGACGGAGGUGAUGUUCAUGGCAACCCGAGAACUUCUGCGGAUUCCCCAAGCAGCCCUGGCCAAGCCAAUCUCUAUCCCCACAAACCUCGUAUCCCUCUUUUCUCGCUAUGUUGACCGACAGAAACUGAACUUGCUGGAGACAAAACUGCAGCUAGUUCAGGGGAUACGGUAAAAGAUCUGCAAAUGUGUCCUGUACCUCCUUUUGGCUGUCACCUGCACUGCUGCCAUCACCAAUGGAGUGUUUGUAAUGAGGGAGGGGAGGUAGCUUAUUCCCCAGAGCAUCUUGUGGGACCGAUUCCUGUUCACAGGGGCUAUUUCUGAAUGCCAGAUGUUUCCCCACUGCUCUGUGACAUUCGGCUGGGUGAUACUUCUGCUGGUUUCUUCUUACCUUCUCUGUUACAAUUCUGCAUGCCCUACUUUUACUCAAUUCUUCUCAAUUUUGCAUUUUCUUUGCCCUAGAGACACAAAUAUAAUCGCUCCCUUUAUCCCACCACCACUACUCCAGUUCAGAGUAGACUGUAGCCUGCCAAAGGGUCCCAUCCCGCAUCCUGUUCAAGUCUUUUUCAUUGCCCCAUAUUAAUAGGAGAGCCAAUUAAGUAGAAAUUAAUAUAUAUAUAUGCUUGCACACACAAGUUUAUGUGGUCUCCAGAGGAUCCUUAAAGAAUGAGUUUAGACAGAAAUAUUUAGUUGACACAUCCCUCCUCUAAACACAAACCAGCUAAUGUAUUUUUUAUCUGUUUCUAGUCCAUCUUGUAAUUAAUUUGGUGGGUUCUCCUUGUUUUAAUAUAAACACAGGGUAUGCAGCAUAUUUAAUAAAAUCAGAACUCUUAAUUGGCUGAUGCCCAGCUCUAGACUGAGAAGUCCCUUUUCUCCUCCCCCCUGAAUUUCCUUUGUUUCUGUCCACCUCAAUGGAAACAGCACACGGUUAAGCCUUUUUACUGCUACAGCUACAGUGUACUUGAGUCUGUCCCCUCAAGUGCGUGGAAGAUUGCCCAAGGUGAUUCUACCGUAGAGCCUGCUUCCACAAGGUAGCUUUUGUCUUCCUGAGACGACUUCAGUAAGCCAUGCUUUCACUUCUUUCGCCCACUUUUAUUCCGUGUCAUGGAUAGAGACUCCCCAGUGUAACCAUGAAAGCUAAGUCAGGCUUGCUUUGCUCUUCAUUCUCCUCCACAUCGUGGGCGGAACUGCUGUCCUUGCAGUUUCAUCACCCAAGUUCCGUCCCAGGCACCCAGGGGCCUCGAUAUGAAUCCUAGCAGCGACAGCCUGCCAUGACUCUCUUCACUUGUCCCUUUCCCAAUCAGCAGUCAGCCAGGAUAAGGGGCUUUGAUCCCUAGUGAUUACAGCCACUUGACUGUCCUGAUACACUGUUUGCUGUUCUCACCUUUUCGAAUGUAGUGGGGGAGACAGGUUAUGAUGUUUAAAGAGAAUAAACAUUUUGCACAUACAUGUAUCGUACAACAGUAAAAUCCUCCAUUAUAACCAGCUGUCCUUGUCUCCAUUGCCAUUUCUUCUCACUCUGUAGCCCUAGGCUCCACCAGCUGUUCCGCCGUGACAUCACCUGGCUUCCCUCUGACAUUAUCAACUGACUUUUCACUAGGCGCCUUUCCUGCCUUUCCACUUCACAACUGAUCAAGUGAAUACUUGAUUAUUAUUUCUUCCUCUCUGUGCUUUAUCUUUUCUGUUUGGUUCUAAUUAAUAAAAAUUAAAGUUUCUAAAUUUACAUUUUUAUAGGUAUUGUAAAUAAAAACAAAUUGUAUACUUGAAAAA